AAACAUAAAUCCAAAAUUACAGUAGAAGGUUGAGAGAAAUAAAACAUUUUCGGACAAAAGAAAGAAAUGGCUUCUUCCUCUCAUUGUUUCUUCGUAGUUUCAGUGGCACUUCUGUUACAGUUUCUUGUAUCUCCUGCUUCGGCCUUAACCUUAACUUCGACACAAUACAUCGACAAAUUAUGUCAGAUGUCAUUUAUUAACGACAAACCCUUCUGCUUGCAAACGUUGAGUGCCUAUCCUGCGGCGGCUUCGGCCACAGACUUGCUCCCACUAGCAACAGCAGUGAUCAGCGGCAUUGUCCUACCACAAGCCCAAAAGUCGGCGAGUUUUGCAGAAGGAGUAUCAAAAAAGGAGCCGAGUUUCAAGGCGUGCCAAGAUGCCUUUGUAAACAUUGGAAAAUCUCUCCAGAGUGCUGUUGGAGAACUCAAGGCAUCUCUAGAAACCGCAAACUAUGAUGUUAUGGUUUGUACCGACCAAACUACCAAAGUGGCGGAUCUGAUCGGGAAAAACCAAGACGCGGAUUCCAAGACUCUCAUGGGGAUGACAAUGCAAAUGAACAAGCUCAUUCGUCUCGGUGUUGCAGCUACACAAGUUCUUGGCGGGUGAAAACGAAGAUGAGAACAUAUAUAUAUAUAUAUACCUUAGACCACCUCCAAUGGGUGUAUGUUAAUAAAGUUUGUGAGUAAUUUUUUAGUUAUAAAUUGUGUACUUUUUAAAAAUAAAAAGUUUUUAAAGAUAAUU